AUGCCGGAACCUAUCGAACACCUCUCGGUCGUCGAGUCGACCGGCUUGCGCCGGAAAGACACCACGAAAGGCCCGCCGCUGCGCAUCCUGUCGCUAGAUGGCGGCGGUGUCCGCGGUUACUCCAUGUUGAUCCUGCUGCAAGAGCUCAUGCACCGCACAUAUGUCGAAAUCCACGGCAAGGCCCCCAAGCGUCACGAAAUCCCGAAGCCAUGCGAACACUUCGACCUCAUCGCCGGCACCGGUACCGGCGGCUUGAUCGCCAUCAUGCUCGGCCGCCUGAGGCUGGACCUCGAGACCUGCAAGGAUGUCUACGUCCGCAUGACCAAGCGCGUUUUCGAGACCGACAAGACCAUUGCCGGCAUUCCCUACAGGCACACCCUUUUCAAGGCCUCGAAGCUCGAGGAAGCCAUUCGCGAGUGUGUGCGCGAGCACACCAUAAAUGAGGCUGAAGGCAAAGACGACACUAACGCCUCCGACAUCGAUCUUCACUCUACUCUCAGCCCUAGAAGCAGCGUCCACGGCCGCCCGCAGCGGAGUCUCAGCACUUCUAGCCGAUACAGUCAGAUCGGCAUGACUCCCAUCAACAUGCGCGGCCCGUAUGCCGCCAUGCGCUGGGGCAACCCCAACGCCCUGCUCUACGACAGCAGGGAAAACCGCACUAAGACUGCUGUCACCGCUGUCUACAAGGGAACCCCCAAGGGUGGCAAAGCCCAACUGCUGAGGUCGUACGACUCCCGCUCGGAACCCGCUCCUGAAUUCGAAUGCACCAUCUGGCAGGCCGGCCGUGCAACCUCCGCCACCGGUCUUGCCUUCAAGCCCAUCCAGAUCGGCCACUCGGUCUUUAUCGACGAAGGCGCCGGAAAAUACAACCCCGCCCCCCAGAUUCUGGACGAGGCUGUCCGCAGCGAAUGGCCCGGAAGAGAAGUCGGCGUGUUUAUCAGCAUCGGCACCGGAAAGCGGCCCAAUGGAACUGCCAACCAGCAGCACCUCUGGUGGGAAGGCUUCAUCAGCGGCGGUAUGGGAGAUUUUGCGGAGGCUCGGAGACGAUUGAUUGCGAAGAUCGAGGGUUGCGAAGACACUCACCAGUACAUGCUCAGGGAGCACCUGGCCAAGCGCGGAGUCAACCAGGAAAACUACUACCGUCUCAAUGUCGAAGUCGGCGUCGGAGAGUUCGGCAUGAACGAGUGGAAUCGUCUUGCCGACAUCAGCACCAACACCCGCCGAUACCUCGCAAGGGAUGAAGUUCAAAGUAUGAACCUGGAUGCCGCCGCUAAGCUCGGACGCAUCCACAGAGCAAAGGUCCGAUGGGAGAGAGCCCAAAAUGCCGGAGUAACCGAAUACACGGCCGAAUCGAAGUGGGACCGGCCUCUUCCCCCUGCUCCAGGAGGCGAUGUCUACACCCCGCCCUCGAACCCAAUGGCCGUCGAGCUGCCAGCCGAAGACGUCGUGCUGCCCGUGAAGACCCCACAGACUCCUCAGUCGAACGAUUUCCUUUCCCCUUCAUCUCCGCGCAUCGGAGGAUUCAACCGCCUCCCAUCCAUUGACGGCAGCGACAAGUACGCCGUCAUUUCUUCCGACGAAUACCCUCAGCCGGUCGACCCGGAGGAGGAGCGCCGCCGCAACUCGGGCGAGAUCUACUUGCCCUACCGUAGUUCUAACGGAUCCCUCAACCCCCCGCCAAGCACCCCGAGGCGCAGCGGUGAGGAAGCACGGCCCGCGACAGCGACCACCGAGGGCUCCAUGCCGCACUCGCCUCCUCCGCUUCCACCAAAAACACCUCUUCCCUACCCGGAAGACAACGCUAUUCCGGUGAGCCCAUCCGGCAGGCCCAUGAGUCCAAACGGCAGGCCAAUGAGCCCCAACGGCCGACCGAUGAGUCCCACGCACGGGAGACCGAUCGGCCCGCUUCCGUACCCGGAUCUCGACGGACCUCCUCCCAUGGUGAACAUGGCCAGGAAGCCCGAGAUUGGCAGAUAA